CUAUCGCGAUGCGGGAUAUCUGUGUGCGUUACGUGUUCACCCUUAUCCCCUCCUAAAAUAUACUGCAGUUUCAGGUUCCCAAACAUAAUUUCUAGUUCAUCGUUCUUUGACCCUUUCUGACGUAUAUCGUUUGUAAAGGCUACUAAAACUGAUAUUCACAAGCUUUCAAAAUAAUUUGUUGCUUGAGUCCUACUAAGUUUUCAACUCCCCCAAAGGCUAUUGAGAAGGAAUAAUUUCGGAGAGUUUUCGAGUGACGACUAUGGCAUUAUCUCGAGGUCUGGUAGUGUUUGUUGUGGCUGUUCUCGGUCUUAUGUUUUGUAUCCCAGGGGCAUGUGCCAAAUUCAAGUUUCUUGUGAAACACAAGGGGUUUUACUCGGCAGCCUUUGGAAGAAACUACAAAAUACCUUGUGGAACCACUGACGAUCGAGCUGACAUUAGACUGUAUUACAAAGUAAAUCCUGUAAAACGGCAGUGGACUGAAAAAUCACCUACACCCAAGAAGUUACUAAAGGCUGGGGCUGACUAUACAAUUGUCUCAUUUUCUAUGAAGGACUUCGGUCUGUAUCAAUGUCGAGCAACAAAUGUCAAGGGGCAAGAGAUUCAAAGUCGCGAAUUCUUCCUAAUAGGGUAUGUUGCAGCCAUACCUGAUGUUAAAAUCAAGCCAAGACAUGCCGUUGCAUUAUCCAUCGGAGAGAGUACGAACUACACGUGUACUUCUGCCCAAAACGCAAACCUCAAAUGGGUGAGGCACUCUGUUUCUGGCAUUGAUGCUGAAAUACCCUCCAAUCAGAUUACCACUGUGAACAAUAAAAAGAAAAAGAGUGUAAUUUUGAUGAUCAAGAAUGCCAACCUCAGUGAUUCUGGAUUUUACAAGUGUUUACUAACGUUUAAUGGCCAGAAUAACUACAAGCUGGUCUCAGUUAAAGUCUAUGACAGCAAUAUACCAACAAUUACUGCCAGCUCUGGUCAUGUGACAGCCCGAACGAGCUCCAAAAAGAAGCUCUUUUGCAAGGCACAGGCCUACCCUGACAUCCAGGACUUCAAAUGGUACAAGAAUGGAAUAGAGAUUACCAUACCUUAUUGCCGUGUCAGUCCAUUUAUCCCAGGGAAGUGCAAGAGCGCCAAGUACAUCAUGUCCAUCCAAAAGGCUGUGGUAACAAAGAGCAAGGCACAGCUGGUAAUACGAGGAGUGGAGGGAGCAGAUGCUGGGGAAUACAAAUGCGUCGCUAUUAACAGCCAGGGGCAAGGCUCCGCUACCAUCAGUCUGCAUGUCAAAGAGAAGAGAAGUUCCAAGAAAAAUGACGGUCCCAAGAAAAAGCGCAAUUCCAAGAAAACAGGUGGUUCCGCUAAACGUUCAACUGGCUAAUGACCAUAAAUGGAAGAAGCGAGGAGCAUCCCGCCGAAUAUUGCUGUCAUGAAUGCGUGCAUGUGUCAAUCAAUCAAUUAUUAUUAAUCAAUCAAUCAUGUAUCAAUCAAUCAAUUAUUAUUAAUCAAUCAAUCAUGUGUCAAUCAAUCAAUUAUUAUUAAUCAAUCAAUCAUGCAUCAAUCGAUCAAUUAUUGUAGCGUAUAACGGAAGGCUACGUUAGCAAGGUUUUUAUUUCUAUAGGCUCAGACCAAAAUAUGUAUCUCUAAUGACCAUAUACGAAAGAAGCGAGGAACAUCCCGCCGAUAUUGCCGUCAUACAUGCGUGCAUGUGUCAGUCAAUCAAUUAUUGUAGCGUAUAACGUUACCAAGGUUUUUAUUUCUCUAGGCUGCUCAGACCAAAAUAUGUAUCACCAAAGCUUGUUUAUUUCUAUACCCCCCUCCCUUCCCCCCGAGGACAAACAUAUUCUAAAUAAUUUAUAUCUACAGCGAAAGCUUGCAACUAUUGAUUUGAGAAGCUCCAUAUCCCCAGGACUCAUGGCGUCGUGGAUACAACGCAAAAAUGCCCUCUGGUGUCAGAGAGAGCCUUAGACAGAGAAACAAAAACCUAUAGUACUAUAAAAAGAUGAGUUCCCUCAAGAUUAAAUUUGUAACUGAAAUAAAAUAGACCAGUAUUAAUCAGA